UUUGUUGAAGUGAGCAAUUUGAAGAUUUCUUUCAAGUGGAUGAAUCGAACUCCAUAUUGGAACGAGCAUCCAGCCCUCCGAACAGAGAUAACGGAACGUGAUUGGUCAUUGCCUAUUGGGCGGGCUUUUUAAAUUGAUGCCACGCCCACUUGUCGUACCGGUUAUUUGCAUGUUGAAGCCCUCACAGGGACAAGUAAAUUAAUGACUUCCUUAAUGGCGUAAGAUUUAUCGCACUUUAAAAACAAGUUUGCCCGCCAACAGUUCAACCGUGUCUCUUCAGGAACAGCUGUGUGAAGGAUGCCGGACAUUCAGCUGCUCAAACUGCGUUCGUCAGUGUCAUUUUGUUCCUCGCUCCAAUGUCUGGCCGCAAGUGCUCCCUGAAGUCUUAAAGUGAGGACUCUUCGCCUAUGAAUCUACUCCCCCCUGAGACGUCGGAAGUUACUGUUUUAGUUUAUUAAGCUCGUGUCUGUCCGGCUCACCUUGGCUGGAGCAUUGACAUUGCCGGUGUGGUAGCCGAUCUGCAGGGAGCCGAGCACCGCUGCCAGGAUGGAGGUCAGGAGUGUGGCUGUCAGAUGGCUCUGUGACAGUAUUGAGGUUGCCUGGCUGGUUUCCCCACCCCCCCAGUACCUGAACACACCGGGGUCCUGUUGUGCACAGAGGAGCCACUCACUGGUUUUCCAUCACUGGUGACACACCAGCAGUAACCUGUCAGAGUAUGGCACUGGACCUGCAGAGGCAAGAAGCGCAGAGUGCAGAUCUGAGCUGCGGGGCUCAGUCGACCGACAGGCUGCGAAAGGCUCCGUCUGUCUGUCGCGUCGCUGGAGGUUGCGACGAUGUGAUGCUCCAUCGUUGGAUCGACGGCCGAAGCCUUUUCUCCUGAAACCUGAUAUUAUGCUGGCAACAAGGGGAGCUGGAUGGAUUAAAGGGGAACAAAGCACCGGUUUAGAAAACGUUUUGCAAACUGGCAGUAUUAGCCAACUAUGGUUGACCCCUCGGAGGCUGAGGAGCAGACUAAGUGUAAAGGCCCACAGCUCGACACACCAGCUGUGGCCAGUGAAGACCCUCGACUGCCGGAACAGGCUGAUGGCACAACAACAGAGGAGGACGGGGAUGCCGGUUUUGAAACGCCACCCACCGGCAGUUCUGAGCCAAGCCCCUGCCACGCUGCAACCCCGGCUGGGCCAGACGCCGCCUCUCAUGGGGCUUCACCUCAGCAACCACAGACUCAAACUGACAGAGAUUCGGCUCCCAAAUUGCACCUGGACCUGUACAACUUUGACUCACCAGCCGCAGAAGGCAGCCGCUACGUGUUGACAAGCCCCCACUCCCUGGAGGCGUGUGCUCGAUGUGGGGUCAAACCCGUGGAGCUCCUGCCCCGCCCGCUGACUGACUUUGCCCGGGAAGCUCCUGGACGCUCCAUGCGAGUUGCGACAGGCCUGUUUGAAGUCUACGAGAGGGACAGGCACGCCAAACUGAGGCAGUGCAGGGAGGAGAGGGAGAGGAUUAUUAGAGAGGAAAAAAGGAGGAUUCUGCAGGCAACAGUCAACAGCAGCAGCAGCAGCAGCGUGUCAUCCACGCCCGUGGAGCAGCAGCACAAAGCCUCCUCUGGAUCCACUGAGUCCCCUAAAUCUGGGCCGGUGGCCUCCAGCUCAGCCCCUGAUUUUGCAGCAUCCUCUAGAGCCACAGCAUCAGGGUCAACCUCUAAAACAGGUACAGCUCUUUCAUCAAAAGUUCCCACCGCCAGUGUUAGUACUUCUCCUAAAUCUGUCCCUGCAAGAUCACCUCAGUCCUCAAAAAUGGGUUCCGUGCCCUCUACACCCUCCUCCAAGGGUGGUUUCCAAGGAUCUGCCAAGCAUGUUCUGUCCUCCUCACCUGAACAAGUAAAAACCACACGUCCGCUCUCAUCUGGCCCCCCACCAGUAGUCAGGAAGUCUUCAGGCGGUAAAUCCUCAAACACUUUCCCAAGACCAACACCAAAACCCCCGUCCUUUCCCAGAGCCAACUCUACAUUGACACCAUCAGUGUCAAAGCCUGCAGUUCAGAGCUCUGGGAUGCCUCUAAACGGUGUAACAGGAGGACCGUUCUCUCAGCACAAUGGACACCUUGGGUUUCAUUCCAAGGUACGAGGAAAAAGCCAUUCCUUGGAGUCUUUACAGCGGAGGAUGGAUCCCGUCUGCCCUUCCACCUCCACCACCACAACUACUACAUGCACCUCAUCAGAGUCAGGUGCUUCCUCUUCUUACAGCUGGGAUGGUGCACGAGAUCACUGGGCAAAAGUGUCCAGCCCCCGAGCUCGCACCAUGGCCACUUUCAACUCCCUGAUGGGCCGCAGCCUCAGCCUCGGCGACCUGAGCCACUCUCCUCAGACGACGCAGAAGGUGGAGCGCAUAGUGAAGGAGGUGAAGCGUCGAGGCCUGAAGGCUGUGUCUGAGCGCGACCGCAAGAUCGCAGCUCUGAUGCUUGCCAGAUACCAGGAGGAAGACAUCAUGAGUCAGACCCGCUACGUGGCUCACCUACAGUGGGACAGUGAGCGCAGAAUGGAGGAGCUACGACGGGAGCAGGAGGACAGAGAGAAGCAGCGUGCAGUGCUUCAGUGCCAGCGUGUGUGGCAGACCCAGGUGUCGCUACGUCAGCGAAGGCUCAGCCAGCAGGAACGACAGUCAGCCGCUGCCAAAAUGCGACAGGCCGAGGAGAACGAGGAGCGGUGGAGGGAGCUCGCGGAGCAGCAGGAGCGUAACCGUCUGCUGAGGUUACAGCAGGCCGCACGAGAGGAGAAACAUAAGAAAGCUCUUCAGGAACAGAACCUGAAGGCCCUGGAGGAGGAGAGGGCGGCCAUGCUGGAGCAGGAGAGGCUACUGCUGAAGGAGAAGCUCACUAUGGCCGAGCUGAAGAGGCAAGAGAAGGAGCACCAGGCCCAGGAAGAGAGACGAGGCCUGAACAAAGCCGAGAGGAGACGUCACGCUGCCCUGAUACAAGAGAUCGCCCGCAGAGAGCAGGAGGAGAGGGAGGAGGCCAGGAGGACGGCAGAGGAGAAGCUCAGCCGCUCCCUGGAGAAUUAUGAACAGAUAGUCGAGCGUCGGGGGCAGGAGCUGAAAGAAAAGGCCAAGCGUGAGGAGAAGCAGAUCCAGAAAGCACGCAAGGCGGCAGAGAAGCGCGAGAGGCAGCAACAGCAGCUUCUGGAAGCUCGUGUGAAGGAGGCAGAGAAACGAGCCCAGCAGGCAGCUUUAGUGGCCGAGGAGAAGGCCAAAGAGAAGGCUCAGCGGGCCAUCCAGAGCCGACAGGAGAAGGAAAGACUCCAGAGGCUCAACAGGCAGCGGGUGGAAGAGGAGGAGAAGCAGAGGCGCCUGGAGCUGCUCCAGUCCAUCGAGAGGAAGCUGGAGAAGAGCGAGCAGAUCUUCAAGGAAAAGAGGGCGGUGCUGGAGAGCGCUCGCUCUGUGGCCCGAGCGUCUUUUCAUGUCAGAGACAAAGUGCGGGAGGAAACCAACAUGCGUACUUUUGAUAAAAUGGCCCUUGAAGCUCAACUCAAAGCCAGCCUGGAUGAUAAGUAAACCCAUAGCUUUGACAGGGACUUCUUACUUCUGGUCAUGUGCUUGGCUCCUGCCUCCAUUGUGGCCCUCAUCACACAGCAACUUUACCUUUCAUCCCAUAAAGUGUUAUUUUUUCCUUACAUAUCUUAACCCACCAGCUGGUUUCCGGUUUUUGUUAUAGACCCUAUCAAAGCAAACCAAAUCGUUUUGUAUCGUGGAUGUAAUGAGACUACAAUCUAUAUCAGCUGUCAUUAAUGAACAGCCUCUGUGGGACUGACAGUAGACUUCAUUUUAGAUGAGAGCAUAGAGAGAGCUGCCUUAUGCAGCAACACAAUCAUUCUCUCUCUCCUUCUCUUUGCCCUCUGCACCGUCUGUCUCGGCUACUGGACUGAAAGCUGUGGGGGAAUGAAAAGAGUCAUUGUUUACCAGGAAGCACAACUCCAUGACAACUGCAGAGGCUUUUAAGGGAGCACUCCUGUAAGGGAAAGUAAAGCGCAAAUGGUUCUAGACCCGCAAAGCAAAUGAGGGAUCUUUUUGUACACACACUGUGACACAGCUAGACAUAGCGUGGACAUACGCCCCGGGCUGGACGGUUGUCUUUACCCGACUGCUGGCGAAGCAGCACAGGAGGGCCGUGUGCAGAAGCCCUGUGCUGAUGAAGCAUCAGAGGACGCUGAUUCCUGCAGCAUGGGCUGUUCUUCCACCCUCCUAUUCCCUCCAAGGGCUCCCUCUGUCUCUCCUCGUCAUGUCAGAUCCCAGUAAACAGUGAGGUGCUCUGAAAGACAGCCACCUUUCAGCUCCCCGCCCCACUGAAGACCUGCUCCCUGCACGGCCGCCGGGUGACCGAGUCAAGGUCAACAGGUCCUGGUGAAGUAACCUACGAUCGUCGUGACAGAACUUUUCUUCCCAACACUGAACUUUAUCAAAGCGUAAAACACAACAAGUCUGUCCUCUGAUGGAAACGCGUCCACAUUUCAGACUUGUCACGGUGUCAUCGAUUGUGCUGCCGAGAACAGGAAACCGAGACAGCUGAGUCAGGUAUGAACCCACAGCCUUUUAGCUGCGUUAAUGAAACGACACGUUCGAGGUUCAAACACAGCUUUAUUCGCAUUGUCGCUCCAUAAUGUUCCCUCUUACUUUACCCUGACGUGUGGGCUUCUUUUCUCUCUCAUUUCUGGUGUUGAGUUACCAUUUACACAUUUGUACAGUAACAUAAAAUGCUUGAGAGUGAAUUACAUUGAGUUGCUUCAUCAAAGACAGAUUUUCAGAUGCAGCAAUAAUGAAACGGUCGACAUUGAACACAUCUGUGAGUUCACUGUUUUCAUGAAACUUCUGUUCAAGUGAAGGACACAAUCUGUGCAUACAAUCAACAGCAAAAUAAUAAAAACAAACAUUUUACAAGA